AUGAGAAAUAAAUCUGAUUCAUGUUUUACUUAUCAUUCCAAUAGAUCUGCUUCUCUUUGGAAAAACGGAAUGCCCAUUUUUUCCAACAACUCAGAAACUAUUCUACUCAAUAAUAUACAAAUAAAAAACACUUAGCAUAACGUAAUAAAGUUUAAAAAUGCCUUUAUCUAAGAUAAAUAUUUAAUUGUAGAUUAAAAAUAUAUAAAUCUCGAAAACCUAUCAUUAUCAAGAUAAAUACUAAGAAAUGCCUAAGGGUAGAUUUCUAAUGAACAAAAUUUGAGAAUUUCUAAUAACUUAGAUUUUCUUGAAAUGUUUGGUCCACUGUUACUAAUUAAUUAAGUCUAUAAUUGUCUAAAAUAAUAUACGAUAUAAUCGCAGUUCGAAAAUAAUUAUUAAAUUAUCAAAAUUCUCGGUAAAGGCUCAUUUGCUAAAGUCUAUAAAGUUAAGCUUAUAAAGGAUGAUUUAUAAUCUCUCUAAAAACUAAAUUGUAAAACAUUUGCCUCUAAGAUUUUCAACAAAAUUAAACUCAAAAAAGAUUAGGAAGAAAAUGAAGUAAAAAUUUUCAUCAUUAUGUAGUUGAGUUUAUGGAAAGAGAUAGAAAUUUUGAGAUUGAUGAAAAAUGAACAUAUUAUAAAGUUACAUGAAGUUUAUGAAGAUGAUAAGAAAGUGUAUCUUAUUUUGGAUUUACUUGAAGGUGGAGAGUUGUUCACCUAGAUUGAAAAAAAAUUUAAUUUUUAUGAUGAAACUCUAGUUCAAAAACUAAUCCUUAAUGUUUUAAAAGCCCUUUCUUAUAUGCACAGCUAAAAAAUAAUUCAUCGUGAUAUUAAGCCUGAAAAUUUGAUAUUGAAAUAACAAAAUAAUAUUGAGGAUGUUGUACUGGCAGAUUUUGGAUUAGCAGAUUUUUAUAGUCCUAAUGAUGAUUAUUUAUUUUCAAGAUGUGGAUCAAUAGGAUAUGUAGCUCCAGAAAUGUUGAAUAAUUAAAAAUAUGAUUAUAAAGUAGAUAUCUACUCUUUAGGAACAGUUUUAUUUUUAUUAUUAACAGGAGAACAAGCAAUUCAAGGGUCAUCCUCUAAAGAAGUGUUUGAAAAUAAUAAGAUUGGAUAAAUAAAUUUUAAUUUGCUAGAUUAAGCAAACAUUAGUAAAAAUGCAAAAGAUCUAUGCAUAUAAAUGUUAAAAAAAGAUCAAAAAGAGAGAAUAACUUCUGAAUAAGCCUUAAAUCAUUAAUGGUUUUAAUUGGAUGAGUAAAUUUUUAGAAUAAAAUCUUUAAAAAUUAUUAAAAAGCCUACAAUUGUGAGAGGUUAUAAAAAUAUACUAAGAUAAAAUACUCCACUUUGGAUCAAUAAGAGCUUAAAAAGUAUAAAUGAUUCUUCGGAUAACUAAGAAAAUCUAAGUAAUUAAAUUUCUAUAUAAUAGCUGUUAAUGUUAGAGAUAAAACUAUCCAAUAAUUUUUAGAAGAAGAACUUUAAAAUUAAUAGCUUUGCCAAUUUGAUUAUGAUUUAGAAGAUGAUCAAAUUAAUGAAGACUAAAUGCCUGUGUAUAAGGUCUAAUAACAUAUUCCAUUAGUAAAAAAAAGAAGUUUUCCAUGA